AUGGCAAUUGAGAUUGUACAACCAAGUGUUGUUGGAUUAUCAAAGAUGGCAACCUCAGAAACCCAUGGAGAAGAUUCUCCAUAUUUUGCAGGAUGGAAGGCUUAUGAUGAAAAUCCUUAUCAUGAAACAAAUAAUCCUUCUGGUGUCAUUCAAAUGGGGCUAGCUGAAAAUCAAGUGUCUUUUGAUUUGCUUGAAGAAUACUUGGAAGCAAACCUUGAAACAUCAAACUGGGGUCAAAAAGUAUCUGGAUUCAGAGAAAAUGCUUUGUUUCAAGAUUAUCAUGGGCUUCAAUCUUUUAGAAAGGCAAUGGCUAGUUUCAUGGAACAAGUGAGGGGUGGCAAAGCCAAAUUCAACCCCGAUCGAGUCGUCUUGACCGCUGGCGCAACCGCGGCCAACGAGCUCCUUACCUUCAUUCUAGCUGACCCUGGUGAUGCGCUGUUGGUCCCCACUCCUUACUAUCCAGGAUUUGAUAGAGAUUUAAGGUGGAGAACUGGGGUACAAAUAGUGCCAAUUCAUUGUGAUAGCUCAAACAAUUUCCAAAUAACUCCUAAAGCACUAGAAGCAGCAUAUGAUAAUGCAAGAUCAAUGAACAUGAAAGUGAGAGGUGUACUGAUCACCAACCCUUCAAAUCCGUUAGGCGCCACCAUUCAACGUAAAGUCCUAGAAGAAAUCCUAGACUUUGCGACCCGAAAAAACAUCCAUCUAGUUUCCGACGAAAUCUAUUCAGGUUCAGCGUUUUAUGCCGAUGAAUUCGUAAGCAUCGCGGAAGUUCUCGAGUCAAGAAACUACAAAGACUCGGAAAGAUGUCACAUUGUGUACAGUCUUUCUAAAGAUCUUGGUCUCCCUGGAUUCCGAGUAGGCACGGUGUAUUCUUACAAUGAUCAAGUUGUGACAACCGCAAGGAGAAUGUCUAGCUUCACUUUAAUUUCCUCACAAACACAGUUUUUGUUGGCAUCUAUGUUAUCCGAUAAAGGGUUUACGCAAAAAUAUAUAAACAUCAACCGAGAAAGGUUGAGGAAACGAUACGAAAUGAUCAUCGACGGGCUUGAAAAGGCGGGUAUUGAAUGCUUAAAGGGAAAUGCUGGCCUUUUUUGUUGGAUGAAUCUGAGUCCUUAUUUGGAGGCACCCACGGUUGAGAGUGAGUUAGCCAUAUGGAAGAGAAUUAUGUAUGAAGUUAAGCUAAAUAUAUCGCCCGGAUCGUCUUGUCAUUGUUCCGAACCAGGGUGGUUUCGGGUUUGUUUUGCAAACAUGAGUGAAGAUACACUUGAAGUUGCACUCUCAAGACUUGAAGCAUUCAUCAAAAGACACAAUUAAUUAAGCAAGUUUUGUGUAUGUUAUGAUCCUUGACAAAUCUUUUUUUCAGGUGGCAAACCCUCGACAAGAUGAGGGUUUUUUGCCCCCAAUAAUUUGUAGAUCAUACUAGCUAGGGGGAUUUUAGACCUUGUUUUUGCUCUAAUUUUCUUUGGGAUUUUUGAAAUCGAUCUCUUAGAAGUUUGAGUUUAUAGAAUCCCGGCCUUAGUAUGGUUUCAACUUUG